UACAGCGCAAACUCAGAACGCUUCUCCUCGUGGACUGUGUGCAAGGAAAGUUGCAGCAGCAGCACGCAUGGUUCUCUGAAGAAAAAAAAAAAAAACAAAAACAAAAAACAGUUAUAUUGAUAUUUAGGAGUAAAGAAGUCGGCAUAUCUUUGAAAAUGCUGGUGUUGUUCGAAACCGCCGCCGGUUAUGCUAUUUUCAAGGUUCUGGAUGAGAAAAAGCUCCAGGAGGUGGAUAGUUUAUGGAAGCAGUUUGAGACUCCAGAAAAAGCAAAUAAAAUUGUAAAACUCAAACACUUUGAGAAAUUCCAAGACACGACAGAAGCUCUGGCAGCGGCCACUGCACUGGUGGAAGGAAAGAUUGGAAAGAGCCUGAAGAAGGUCUUGAAGAAAGUGGUUGCAAAGGAAGCACAUGAACAACUGGCCAUCAGUGAUGCCAAACUGGGAGGAGUAAUCAAAGAUAAGCUGAACCUGAGUUGCGUGCACAAUACUGCUAUUGCAGAGCUGAUGAGGGGCAUUCGGAACCAGAUGGAAUCCUUAAUCACUGGCCUGCCUCCCAGGGAGAUUAGUGCUAUGUCUCUUGGUUUAGCUCACAGCUUGUCCCGCUACAAACUGAAAUUCAGCCCUGAUAAAGUGGACACAAUGAUUGUGCAAGCUAUCUCCCUGCUUGAUGACUUGGACAAAGAGCUGAACAAUUACAUCAUGCGCUGCAGAGAGUGGUACGGGUGGCAUUUCCCUGAAAUUGGAAAAAUCAUCACAGACAACCUUGCCUAUUGUAAAAGUGUGAAGAAAAUAGGGGUCAGAACCAACGUUGCCACCACAGAUCUUUCAGACAUUUUGCCUGAGGAGGUGGAGGGAGAGGUGAAAACAGCGGCAGAGAUCUCCAUGGGGACAGAGGUGUCAGAAGAAGAUAUUGGGAAUAUUCUGCACUUGUGUGACCAGGUAAUUGAGAUCUCUGAAUACCGUGCGCAGCUUUAUGACUACCUGAAGAACAGAAUGAUGGCCAUAGCUCCAAAUCUUACUGUCAUGGUAGGAGAACUUGUUGGAGCGAGACUCAUUGCACAUGCUGGAUCACUCUUGAAUUUAGCAAAACACCCAGCUUCCACAGUUCAGAUCCUUGGAGCAGAGAAAGCUCUCUUCAGAGCAUUAAAGACAAAAAGGGACACUCCUAAGUAUGGUUUGAUCUACCAUGCAUCGUUAGUGGGACAGACGACACCAAAAAACAAGGGAAAGAUCUCCAGAAUGUUGGCUGCCAAGGCUGCCCUAGCAAUCCGCUAUGAUGCCCUGGGUGAGGACACAAACGCAGAACUGGGAAUAGAGAGCAGAGCGAAGCUGGAGGUCAGGUUACGACAUCUAGAAGAGAAAGGGAACAGAAGGAUAAGUGGAACAGGAAAAGCAAUGGCAAAAACCGAGAAGUACCAACAUAAGAGUGAAGUGAAAACAUACGACCCAUCUGGAGACUCCACAUUGCCCUCGGUUUCAAGGAAAAGAAAAUUAGAAGAGGAAGAGGAAGUGACUGAAGUCAAAGUGAAGAAAAUGAAAAAGGACCGCGUGCCGGAAGAAGCUGAAGAGGAGGAGGAGAGGGCAGCAGAGGAGCCUCCAAAGAAAAAGAAAAAAAAGGAAAAGCGUGAGCCGGCUGAAGAGGAAGAACCUGCUGCUGUAGAGGAACCCUCGGAGAAAAAGAAGAAAAAGAAAAAGAAGAAAGCAAGGGAAGAAGAGGAUGAAUAAAGCAGCAUUGUUUUAUAUUUGUUUUACCCAGUGUCUGUAUUUCCUUUUAAACUUUUAUACCGUUUUUAGUUUCUUAUGCAUUAAAUAGUGACUGCCAUGUGAUUUGUUACACAAGCUGAGUCUUAUGUGACCCUUGUAUUUUAGGACUUUCAUUUUGAUUUGUCCACAGUUUGCACAGGUACAGAUCUUACUCAAACAUUUUGGACUGCUGUGUUUUUUGUUUCUUCUUCUCACUGCAUAGAGUUUAACGAUGAGUGAUUCUAGCUCUGGAUAUUAAAUAUGUGGGCAACACCACUAUCUAUGAAAGGACGUGGAAGAAUGAAUGUUGUGUCCAUGGAAUAAUACUUUGCAGAGCAUAAAUCUGUCUGACAAGUACAUUGUCUCCACCUGCUCAGCAGUUCACAUACCAAUGUAAUAAUUUUAUGACCCUAAACAACAUACUGAAGCUGUUUUAAAGAUUAAAACAGGUGCAAUGUAAAAUAACAAUGUGGCAACAGGAACGGUAACUUCUGCAAAUAUACCAUAUUGUCUUAGUUGUAGUUUCAGUCUUCUAGACCCUUUUCCUUGGGACAAGAGGUUUACUGGCUUUAGAUCAUCUAGCCCCACAUUAUUUGUAUUUGAGUCAGUUGUUGGGUUUUUAAACAUUGUAAUGCACUGGAUGUCCAGUACUGGGGCAAAAUGUUGUCCUAUAAUAAGGGAAUUCUGUGAGGAGAUAAAAGCUUAAGAUUGGUUUUGUGUAUCUAGAAGAGAACCAUAAUAUCUGUCCAUUCCAAAGAAAAUAUACAUACAAUAAGGAGCUAGCAGACAAGAAAAUCAUAUUUUAAUAAACUUUUAAAUUUAAUCCAUUUUGUGUGUUCUAGACCAGUGGUUCUCAACCCCCGUCCUCAGAAACCCAUGUCUUCUGGUUUUUACUCCAACUGAGCUCUGUUACUUAACUAAACCCUUAAUUGAAUUAAUUAACUUAAAUAGGCUUUUUAAUUAUUCUCUGCUCCUGAAAAGUUGCAGAUUUCAAGUUACUUAACAUUUUAUAGUUGUUGAAAACAAUUAAAAAAGCCUAAUUAAGCUGUUUAGUUAAGUAAUUGAGCGCUCAGUUGGACUGAAAACCAGAAGAGACAGGUCUAAGGAACAGGGUUGAGAAGCACGGUUCUACACAACAUUGAAGUUGUACUGUGUGUGCUGUCAUUUGGAAUAUAAAUAAUAUUUACAUAAAUUUACUUGCCAUGUAGAGAAUAGAUGUUGAACAACUGCAUAACAAGGGAAUGCUAAAUCAAUACAUACAAUUAAUGUUUUCCUUCUGCUUUCAUGUGCUUAUUUUGCAUAGGUAUUUCUAGUUCAUGAAAAUAAAACACUGCUUGCCGUUCAAAUUAAUUUAAAUAAAACCUGGUUUUGAUUAAAAGUAUAACAAAACGGUUAUUCAGAAAUAAUAUACAAUUGGAUACUAUACAUGUUUAAACACUAGUUUCAUAUAAUACACCAUUCUUUAGGAAAAAUCAAAGCAACUUAAAUAUUCCUUUUCACAAACAAAUGGGAUCUGAGAAAACUACAUCAUCCAGUUCAAAGUUCAGAUAAAAAUAACCUGAGAUGGUUCAACUGAUGGAUGUUUCUAUACAAAGGUUUCUGUUUGCUGGUGGCAGAAACAGCCCAUCUAUAUAGACAAUCGUAUUUACAUGGUAAAAGUAUUUUUAUGACUGGAAUUAUCUGAAUAUUUCACAAUGGACUAAAAGCAUGUGUGCAUUUAAAAAUGUACUCGGGCUAAAAAGUUGCAUGAUUUCAUGGAGUAAACUAUAUUGCAGACAGAAGAAUGAAAUUUAUAUAGCAGGUAAAAAAAAAAAAAAAAAAAAAAUUGUUUAUUGGUGGGGAUGGGGAAUAACAUGUAUUUACUUAAGUUGUCAGCAUUGUUUUAACCUAAUAACUUAUUAAUUACCUACAAAAUAAAUGUCAAUAUUUUAA